GUGUGUGUGUGAGUGUUUGUGUGGAGGAGAGUUAUGCUCUGUGUGGAGUUUUAUAUUUAUGGAUGGGUUUCUAUUUAUUUUAUAUGAAAUAUUAGUGUUCCUGUGCUUUGAGAGUCUGUCCGUGAAAACGUCAUGAAAGCACUUUCAGCAGAGACUGUGCGUCUGCUCUCCAGCUCGCAGGUGAUCACAUCGGUCUUAAACGUUGUGAAGGAGCUGAUUGAGAACUCUCUUGAUGCUGGCUCUACAAGUCUCGAGGUUAAAUUGGAGAACUAUGGUUUGGAUCGGAUUGAGGUGAGAGACAAUGGCUGUGGAAUCAAGUCUGCUGAUGCUUCUGUUAUGGCAGUGAAACAUUACACAUCUAAGAUUUCCUGCCAUGAAGACUUGGAGCAUCUAGAGACGUAUGGCUUCAGAGGAGAAGCUCUGGCAUCCAUAUGUGCCAUUUCUGAGGUGGUUGUUACAACCAAAACUGCUGCUGAUGAUGUUAGCACCCAGUAUACACUCGACCUCAGUGGUCGUGUCAUCUCUCAGAAGCCGUCACAUCUUGGCCAAGGUACUACUGUGUGCGCUCUGAAACUGUUCAAGAACCUCCCCGUCAGGAGACAGUAUUACUCCAACUCUAAAAAGUGCAAAGAGGAGGUGAAGAAGGUGCAGGAUCUGCUGAUGGCUUAUGCCGUUAUCAAGCCAGAGCUGAGGAUUGUGUUUACUCAUAAUAAGGCCACGGUCUGGCAGAAGGCCAGGGUGUCGGAUCACCGGGCAGCGCUCAUGGCCGUGCUCGGAGCAGCCUCCGCGGCCAACCUGCUGCCUGUCCAGCAUCGCCAGGAGCAACCAGAGAUUGCCAUUGAGGGAUACUUCCCAAAACCAAACUCCGAUCUCAACUCAACAAGCUCCAAUACGUCGGACAAGACUUUUGUUUUUGUGAACAGUCGGCCUGUGCAUCACAAGGACAUCCUGAAGGUAGUCAAACAGUACUACGCUAAUGCGGCUCAUUCAAGUAAUGAAUCGGCCAGCCGCCGCUUCCCCGUCUUGAUGAUGAACAUCAUCGUCCCUGCCUCGAACGUGGAUGUCAAUCUAACACCUGACAAAACUCAAGUGAUGCUACAGAACAAGGACGCAGUUCUGUUAGCAGUGGAGUCGGUACUGAUUUCUUUGUAUGGUUCGGUGGGUAACGACAACCAUACCAUUGGAGAUGGUCAGUCCAGUUCUAUGGUUGGUCAGACUCUGAAUCAGAUAUCUGAAAGCAUCAAAGAGCCUCAUCCUAGCCUGGACUCCCGUGCACCCACUCCACCUGCGACACUAGAACGUACCACUACAAGCAAUACAGAACAGAGCAGUGAGGCAUCUUUACCCAGUACUGCUAACACCAGCUCUUCCUCCACUUCGGAAGACUGGAUAAUCCACAGGAGCUCGAGCGAUUUGGACAGUGUCAAUUUCUCAUCGUUUGUCGACAACAUUGCGCUGAACUCUACAGUCGACCCCUCAAAAGAUGACUCUGACCAAGGUCAAGCCAGUGAGAUAUCUCCUGAAAGCUGGGCCAUGGGUAAGGCUUUCACAGAUCAAACCACAGGACAGAGCCUCGAGCCCGUGAAGCUCCAUUUACCCAAAGCCCACAGAGACGUGGACGGAGAGCCGGACCCCAAACACAAGAGCUGCAGUCCCUCCAAGAGACCCUCGAAUGUGAUCAUGGAGAAAAGGGCCAAGCUGACGGCCUAUGACCUGAUCAGCAGCCGCUCGGUGCGUCAGCCCCAGUCUGCCUUCGCCCUGUUUGAGCAGGACAGCAGAUCGUCCGUCCUCCAGGAGAACCCACGGGCCAGUCUGCAGGAUGUCACUGCUGCUGUGAAAGAGAGAUGGGAAAGCCUCGGGGAGGAAGGAAGAAAGAAGUACGAAGAGAAGGCUGAAAGAUCCCUGCAGUCCUACAACGAGCAGAAGAUGCGGGCAUCAUGCGGGAAUGAUGACGCCAGCAGGGCAGAUCUCCAGCAGAGGAAAGCUGACGCCUCCGUGAACAGACCGCAGGGCCUGAAACGCAAAGCCCCGCUCUCCAACCAGCAAAUCCUGGACAAACUCUUUUCUUCUCUGCCUGCGAGCAAGAGGAACCCCUCAAAGCCGUCCAGGCCUCUCCAGUUCAACCUAGCUGCCCUCAGGCACAAGCUUAAGCUCAAGCUCCCCUCCUACCCGAGCGGCUCGAGCACGCAGGGCCUCAGGCUUGUAAACCGCUUGGCUUCUCACUGCGCCUGGGCCGUUUUAUGUGGUAGAAAGCUUAUGUUGUUAAAUCCAUUUCGAGUGGAGGAAGCCUUGCUGUUUAAGAGACUUCUGGAGAAUAAUAUACUUCCAGCAGCGAGCCUGCAGACCCCUAUACAGUUAACAGAUGGUGUCUUGGGCGGCUCUGAGUAUAUGGAUGUUCUUAUGAGCAUGGAAAAGGGCAGUCCAUCUUUAAUCGGUGAAAUCUACUUUACUGACCCCAGACUGGUGGCCAAUGGAUUUAAAAUCAAGCUCAUUCCAGGUUCCUCCUCCACAGAGAAGUGUGUUGAAGUGACAGGUAUGGCUGACUGCAUGCCUUUCUACGGCAUCGCGGACCUGAGGGAGAUUCUAACUGCCGUGAAGGACAGAGACGCGCAGGAAGUUCAGCAGUGCAGGCCUCUCAAAGUCACAAAUUACCUGGAGGGGGAAGCCGUAAGGAUGGCUAGACAGCUGCCCUUGAGUUUGACCCGAGACGACGUCACAAACACGCUGUCUCGAAUGAAACAAGAACUUGAAGAGAAGAAAGAGGUCUGUCUGCACGGACGGCCGUUCCUUCAUCAUCUGGUUGAUGUUCCUGAGACUGAUCAGGAAGCUCUUAAGAUCAUGUCUAGCACUAAUAAAAGUUAAUAAUGCAAAUCUUCAUCAUGGUUGUUUUGUGGAAAGGCUUUUUUUUAACGUUUGUAAAAUAUUGUAACAUCUACAUUUUUCAAUAUUAUGAUGGUUAGUAUUUGUUCAACUCUUGGCUGGACAGUUCUCUGAAUUCUUUGUAUAGAUGUAAAAAAUUCUCUGCUUCAUAUACUGUGCAGAAUUAACUUGAUACACUUUGCUAUGGAAAAAGUUUAUAUGCAUACAGAUUGAAUAAAUAAAUACAAAAGGUUCACUUCUCCUGCAAA